UAACAGCGCACAGAGACUCCUCCGAUCCUCACACAGUCCGUCCAGAGAGAAACGAAGAGAAAACACUCAGAAAUUCGAAGGCAAUAGAAAAUGGCAGAUGGUGAGGAUAUUCAGCCCCUCGUUUGUGACAAUGGUACUGGAAUGGUUAAGGCUGGAUUCGCUGGAGAUGAUGCUCCGAGGGCCGUGUUCCCUAGCAUUGUUGGCCGCCCUAGGCACACUGGAGUGAUGGUUGGCAUGGGCCAGAAAGAUGCUUAUGUAGGUGAUGAGGCCCAGUCAAAGAGAGGUAUUUUAACUUUGAAAUACCCAAUUGAGCAUGGUAUUGUAAAUAAUUGGGAUGACAUGGAGAAAAUCUGGCAUCAUACCUUCUACAAUGAGCUCCGUGUGGCCCCAGAAGAACAUCCAGUUCUUCUCACAGAAGCUCCUCUCAAUCCCAAGGCCAAUCGUGAAAAAAUGACCCAAAUUAUGUUCGAGACUUUCAACACCCCUGCUAUGUAUGUAGCGAUCCAGGCCGUCCUUUCCCUAUAUGCUAGUGGUCGUACAACUGGUAUUGUUCUGGACUCCGGAGAUGGUGUGAGCCACACAGUACCAAUCUAUGAAGGCUAUGCCCUCCCACAUGCCAUUCUGCGUCUUGACUUGGCAGGACGCGAUCUCACAGACGCCCUUAUGAAGAUCUUAACCGAACGUGGUUACUCUUUCACCACCACUGCUGAGCGCGAAAUUGUGAGGGACAUGAAGGAGAAACUAGCCUACAUUGCUCUUGACUAUGAACAAGAGCUUGAGACAGCAAAGACCAGCUCAUCUGUGGAGAAAAGUUAUGAACUGCCAGAUGGCCAGGUUAUCACAAUUGGAGCUGAACGAUUCCGCUGUCCCGAAGUCCUCUUCCAACCAUCCAUGAUUGGGAUGGAAGCUGCUGGCAUUCACGAAACUACAUACAACUCCAUCAUGAAGUGUGAUGUGGAUAUUAGGAAGGAUCUUUAUGGCAAUAUUGUUCUCAGUGGUGGUUCCACCAUGUUCCCAGGUAUUGCUGACAGGAUGAGCAAGGAAAUUUCAGCAUUAGCUCCAAGUAGCAUGAAGAUUAAGGUGGUAGCACCACCAGAAAGAAAGUACAGUGUCUGGAUUGGAGGCUCCAUUUUGGCAUCCCUCAGCACCUUCCAACAGAUGUGGAUUGCAAAGGCAGAGUAUGAUGAAUCGGGGCCAUCAAUUGUCCACAGGAAAUGCUUCUAAAUGGCGAAGAGAAAGAUGGAUCCAGAGAUCUAGACUAAAGAAAAGGCUUCAUGCUGUUUUACCCCCUUCUUUUUUUUCCCUUUUUUUUGAAAUUUCCUUUUGUUUCCUCAUUUUGAUUCCAUUUCCCUGUUUUUGUCUUUCAAUGUCCAGAGAUGAACUUGAGACGAUUCAGUUUGUUUAGAAGAAUUAAUUAUGAAUUGUUACUUAUUGGUUUUGGAUUGUAUCAGACGAUGAGUAAUUAUUUUCAUAAUUAAAUUAUAAAAUUAAUU